CCGCGACGGCACGCGGACGCGCGCAGCUGACGCGAGCGACGGAUAAAAGCGAGCGUCGUCGUGCAGCGCGUACAUUUAUCGCGCGUCUACGAAACCAUCAACCAGGACGAUGGCGGCACGUGGGAAGACGAGCGCGAGCGCCUCGUAAACUACGACGUACCCUUAAAUCGCUCGACGAUCGACCGCAUCCCGCUUUCGACGGAUUUCGAUGCGAGAUAAUCCGCGCGGGCACGGAUCAAGAGUGACUUUGCGCUCGAAAUCGGACGCGUUCGAGAGAACAAAUCAAUUCAUUUACCUUUGCCCGUCGCUUUUCCUUGAGAUUUUUCAACUGAGAUUUUCAGUCUCGUCGCGUCAAUAAGUAUUUGUUAAAAAUGGUGUGACAACUGGUGUGAGACAGUAGCGAACGAUCCGGGAGCGUGAUUUUCCAUUGGGAAACGUCCAUGAUUGAGACAAGUAGAACGUGAUAGUAUCGAGCCAGGAUCUGGAGUUAUUUGAGAGGAAAAUUGUAUCUAUAUCAUUUGGACCGUGAUAUUGACGAGAACCACCAGCUGCGUUAAACGCAGCGGGAUAGAGACUCGUGAAAGAACGAAAAUACAAAAAAAGACAUUCAUCCACACUGACUGUUCGACGCGUGACGUGUCCAAUGGAUUGGAUAGCUAGCCGAUAAUCGACGCGAUAACACUGCAGGCUACAUCGAUACAUUAUCAGUAGACAGUUCGUACAAGAGAGGCGACAGGCAUUGCCGAGAAGAAAUCACGUGUCUAAGGAGGGUCCGGCCGCCAACGUUGCGCGACGUAAUCUAAUCGGAACCGGCUGUCAGUUAUGCGAGCUAUGCAGCCAUGAGUCGAACGUCGUCCUUGAGCACGAGACCCGCGCGACGGACGAAAUUAUUUCCUACGCGAACAAUGACGAGUCUGCUAACGUUACUAGUGUUCGCAACGACAUUUACAAAUGUACUACCAGAAUCGGCGAUAAAUCCGGUAGGCAGCAUCGUCGGAUCGGGCUCGGGAGUCUCGUCCUCGUCCGGCAGCUCCUCAUCCUCGUCGUCGUCGGUGAUCGGCGUGGUGUCCGACAGUUCCAGUUCUAACGGCAACGGCGGUGUUGGAAAUGGUAAUGGCGUUGGAAGUAUCAGCGGUAGCGUCAGCAGCGGCCAUUCCGGUAUAAAUGGGGUCGGCGGUGGCCAUUCCGGUCUCGGGAACGGGAAGGGCCGAUGCGAAGAAAUCACGAUUCCCAUGUGCCGCGGUAUCGGCUACAAUCUCACCUCCAUGCCGAACGAAUUGAACCACGACACGCAGGACGAGGCCGGCUUGGAAGUGCAUCAGUUUUGGCCGUUGGUGGAGAUAAAAUGCUCGUCCGACCUCAAGUUCUUCCUGUGCUCCAUGUACGCGCCGAUCUGCCUACCGGAAUAUACGAAACCGCUGCCGGCCUGUCGCAGCGUGUGCGAGAGAGCGCGAACGGGUUGCGCGCCCUUGAUGCAACAGUACGGCUUCUCGUGGCCGGAGAGAAUGGCAUGCGAGCGUCUGCCGUAUCACGGCGACCCGGAGAACCUAUGCAUGGAACAGGACAAUCAUACCAGCACCAGCACAGGCCCUGGCGGUAACGGCGGCGCGGCGAGUAGCGGCGUCCCAGCACCGGGACAACCGGCGCGGCCCACGCGACCCAGCAAGACUUCGCAGCCGGCCCGCUGCAAGCCGGGCAAGAAUCAAAAAAACUGCCAGCACCCCCCGGGGGAGAGGACGAGGGACUGCAUGUGCAGAUGCAGGGCGCCCCUCGUGCCCCUGGGGGCGGGGGGCACGGGAAUGUCAGGAGCGAUAAGCGGCGUCAGCGGCAGCGGCAGCGGCAUCGGGACCGGCAGCAGCACCGGGGCCAGCAACGCGGGGGCUGGUCUGGCCGGCAUGGCCGUAAGUGGGAUACCGGCACCGCCAUCGAUGGGAAAUAUCGGCCGAAGCAUCAUCCAGGAGGUGCCGGACUGUGCCCUACCGUGCCGCGGCGCGUUCCUCACCAACGAAGAGCGCGAGUUCGCGGCCGUCUGGCUGGCGCUUUGGAGCGGCCUGUGCGCCGCCAGCACUCUCGUAACCGUAAUCACAUUCUUAAUCGACACCCAGCGUUUCAAGUAUCCUGAGCGACCGAUCGUCUUCCUGUCAGCCUGCUACUUCGUCGUCUCCGUGGGCUAUCUGUCGCGCAACGUGUUCGGCCACGAGGAAAUCGCCUGCGACGGUCUGGCUUUGAAAUCGGGUGCCCAGGGCCCGGGCGCCUGUGUCACAGUUUUCCUCAUGAUCUACUUCUUCGGCAUGGCUUCCUCCGUGUGGUGGGUGAUCUUGGCAUUCACGUGGUUUCUCGCGGCGGGCUUGAAGUGGGGCAACGAGGCGAUAGCAUCGUACUCGCAGUAUUUCCACAUGGUGGCAUGGCUGGCUCCGACUGUGCAAACGGUCUGGGCGUAUGUCGCGGGUGGCGUCGCCGGUGACCCGGUAGCUGGAGUUUGCACGGUCGCUCCCGAGGGAGUGCGUAAUUUCAUCCUCGCUCCUUUAUUUGUCUACCUUCUGCUAGGCACGACGUUUCUUCUGGCUGGUUUCGUAAGCCUCUUCCGAAUUCGAUCGGUGAUCAAACGUCAACCUGGCGCGAAGGCCGACAAGUUAGAAAAGUUGAUGAUACGAAUCGGCGUGUUCAGCGUACUCUACACGCUACCGGCCAGCGUGGUCUUGGCCUGUCACAUCUACGAGUCGUCUCUGCGAGAUGAGUGGCUCAGCUCGUUGGCGUGUCCCUGCCGCCCACGGGCGAGACCGCUCUACUCCAUCCUGAUGCUUAAGUACUUCAUGGCUCUCGCGGUCGGCAUUACGUCGGGUGUCUGGAUUUGGAGCGGCAAGACGGUCGAUUCUUGGAAACGGCUAUGGAGGCGUUUGUUCGGUCGUGAUCGCGGCCACAUGGGCGCCGGUGCCGGGAUGGUGGCCGGCGUGACCGGCGUCAGCGGCGGUCUCGGCAGCGUUGGCAUCAAAGGCGUCGUGGGUCGGGGAAUCGCGAUGCCCUAUCCCUCGGCGCCCGGUCCCGGCAGUGCUCUGUUACCCCCGGGUAGCGUCGCGAGCGCGUCUCAGCAUCACCUGCACCAUCAUGUACUCAAGCAACCACCGCUCUCGCACGUAUGACGUCACCAGUCUGCGGGGGGCGACAUGAACACCGCUGGAUGCGGCGAGCAGCAGCCACAGCAGGAGAGGCCUUCCGCCCUCAGCAAUUACGGGCCCAUCUAGCCCUUCGCCUCGGCCUCGCGCAGGCAUAACGCGACGCCGCACACGGCGCCGCAUACGGCGCCGCAUACGCCUCACUCGGCGGCGACCAUCUACUCCAGGAGGUCGCUCGCGUCCACGACGGGCCCGUUAACACCGGCGCACGGGAUCGCGCCCUCCUACACGCAGGCCACCGAGGUGUGAGGAAAGGGAUCACGUGGAGGCGCACACGUGAAGAUUUAGACGAUUCAGCGGCCCCGACGUCGGCGUCAUCGGCCCGGUGGUCAUCCUUCGCGCGAUGGACGACGAGCGGCCGCGGUGCUUCUCGAUUACCCGAUAUACGUAUUAGCCUGUAUACGUGUCUUCUCCCGCGGGAACCUCGAGGAAUCUUCUCUCCAGCUCGAAUCACUCGGCGAUUUUUUUAGCUCGUCUCUUUAUCUUAUCGAUCAAUUCAGAGAAAACCGUAAUGAGUCCGGGAGACGAUUAGAACAAAGCGUUUUGAUAUUAUCGGCAGGGAGGGUGACUCGAGUGUCGCGGGGUAUAGUGAGAUUGUGAUUUAGAAGAAAGAUUCAGUGUGAAUGGCACUGAGAAACGUGCGUGCGUGCAUAACGGUAAACGGUGUCGAUUGAUUUCUCUAUCUUUAUCCGUAUCUAUCUAUCUCUGUCUCUUUCUCUAAUCUUUCUUACAUUCUCGUAAAAGCGGCGCUCAUAAAGCCCGCUACCGUGUCCGUCUAACGUGUAUCGUCUCGUCUAUUUAUCUAAUCUAGCUAUUAAAGGGCCACGUUGGGAAUGCACAUACGGAUGCGACGUGUACGCGAAAAGCGGCAGCCUGUUUCCUUCCUCCCCUUUCCCGGAAGAGAGAAAACUGCCACAACAUUUUCGAUACCUCGCUCCGGGCUCUCUUCUCGUGUCAACCCCUUGCCACUGCCGCGAUUUCUCGAUCGCGAAAUUUUGAAAGUAAUUCCGAUUGAAAACAGGCCGCUCGCUCGCGGAAGGAAAGGCGCAAUAAAAGGAAAGCGAGUGUACAGGACAAACACUAAAGUAACGAUGUAGGCAGAAUGGAUAAUUGUAAAUAUCGUUCUUAGAUGUUAGUUCGACGCUGUAAAUAAAACGGUCGCCAGAGUCGUUAUAGGACAUGGGGGCGCGAAAGACGAUUGCGCUUGUGGCGAGUGUUACGUCGUUUCCUUUCACAAGCAAUUAUCAGCCAAAACUUGUCGCACUCGAUAUAUCGAACGGAAAAAUCCGUUAAUUAGUCCGCGUUAUGCAAUGUCGAGUUGGAACACGCCACUUUCGCCAACUUUCCUCGAGAUAAUAUCCAAUUUGUGACAAUUUGUUGAAAGAUUUAAUCAAAUAUUUAUUUCGUUUAAUUAGAAUUCGCUGAGUUACUUCCGACUUAAAGUUGGGGUGUUAAAACUCGGCAAAUUUAAUCCUUUCUAAUGAAAGUUUAAUAUAGAUUGAUUAGAUCUCUAACAAUAUAUAUCUAUAUGUUAUUUCGUUGAUUUUAAUUUAUAAAUAUAAUAAAUCAUAUCGAAUCAUAUACAUAAAAGGUUAUAUAUAUUUUUUUAGUUUACGGUAAAUAAAUAAUAUAAUUUAUAAUUCCAGAUUGCAUAACACGAUUUGAAGUAAUCGAUAAAUUUCGACAGAUUUUGAUCUGGUUUCGCAAUAAUAGGAUCGAGCCACAAGCAGAACAAUCGUCAACGAAACUAGAUCCAUAUGUGUCCUCAGAAUGCGUAAUUCAAAUAUGUUAUAUAUAUAUAGGUCUGCCUCGCGAAGAGAGAUUACACGUAAUUUAACACAUACGUUGGUGUACUAGUUCGAAUCUUUUUAUACUCGUAAGUAAGGGCGCGUCGUAUUCUCUUGUCGUAGUUCACCCAAGUCGCAAUGUUCAAUGCGGAAUCGAUAAUAACGGAGAGUAAAAGACGCGACAUUUUUUUUUUUUUUAUUUUUACUAUACUUCCCGUGAUUGCCGACUCCUUCGCGCCACGUGUCGCGAGGGGUGGUCGACGCGAUAGCGUAAGAACGUGAAAGGAACGCGACCCGCCCUUCCACGGGGGCAAAGGAGCGCGGAAGGAAAUCUACAUGCAUCCCGAGGCAUAGUACGUAGAGGAAAAAUUAUGCACGCGCGCGUAUAUAUAUGUAAUUCUCAUGUAAAUCCCGAUGAUCUAGAAAUAGUCCCCGAGCGAGAUUACGCGCGUGAUAUAACGGAAGUAACAGCCCUUAAGUACGUAUUAUACGCGUGACGUUGUCAGUCACUAGCAAUAUCGUUAAUCCAGAACCCUUUUCUAAUACCGGAAACUGUGAAAUUGUAGAGAAACAGAAAA